GCCACAAACUGCAAGGACAGGCAAAUAAGAAAUAAAAUUAUUGUUGUUGUUUUGUUGUUGUUGUUUUUCUUAUAUGUAGGCAUUGGGUUAUUUUAGGUAGCCCUUCAGUAUCUUCCCAGGUGGGACCCUAAGCUGAGCUGAGCCCUGAAACUGAGCUGGAAGACAAACAGCAAAGAAUCACUUUAGUCAAUUGAACUACCAAGCCCAGUACUAGUUUCAUUCCAACAUAUUCACAGCACUGCUUGUGAGAUAAAGUCCUAAACCCUCACAUUGUAGAUCUUCUUGGGCUGUUGAAUGCGCCUGUGUUCUUAGGGCCGUUUCCUCAUCGGUCUCUUUAUAGGACUGCAAUGGUCACCUCUGAGGCCUGUUUCUGUGACCAGCUUUCCACCCCUUGCUCUCUCUCCAGGGUCUGGAAUGAUGCUGUGGCCGAAUCCUCAGCCGUUUCUCCCCCUUUGCGAUGGAGUGGGACUGAGUCAGGUAAGCAGGAGGAUUCCUGGGAGAGGAGGACGGGGCCUGCCGGGGUGCCUUUGGUUCCAGGAUUAAUGGCCAAAUAUCUGUUUAAACAGACAAGAUUUAAGGUGUUUCCUUAGAAGUGAAAUACUGAAGGCACAAUUACAAGGAGGGGAAAAAAUGAAGAGAAAACUAAAGAAACCAGAAUGGAUGUUCAAAGAACUUUCAACGGAGCUAAGAUUUAAAAGGGACAUGUACAUGAAAUGGAAAGGGGAGGAUCACCAAAGAAUGUAAACGACUAAACAGCAUAAGCAUAAGUAGCAGAUCAUGAAGAAGGCCAUCUGGAAUCACUUAGAAAAAAUGCUGUAAUCACUGAAGGGCAAGAUGGGUUUCUCCAAAACAAGUCAUGCCAGACUAAUCUGUUUUUCAGUAGAGUUCCAAGCUUGGUAGAUGAAGGAAAUGCCGUGGGUGUAGCACAUCUUGCUUUCAGUAAGACCUUUGGAAAGGCCUCUCCUGGUUUUAUAAACAACUAGUAAAAAGUGGGCUGGAUAAUACUCCUGUUCAGUGGAUUUGUAAUGGUUUGAGUGACAACGGGUGGAGUGGGCCCAGUACUGCUCAACAUGCGUAUCUUAUUUUCAGAUGACAAAAAAUUAGCAAGCAUAGCUGACAGUCUAGAAGAUAGGAUCACAAUUCAAAAUGGCCUGAACAUGUUAGAGAGCUGGGCCAAAACUAACCCAAUUAAUGUCAACAAGAAUAUAUGUAGAGUAGUACACUUAGGCAGGAGAAAAAUGCCAUGCACAGGUACAGGAGGGGCAACACCUGACUUGACAAUCAUUCAUAUGAUGGGAUCUUGGAGUGUUAGAGGACUGCAAGUGGAACAUGAGCCAACAAUGUGAUGCAGCAGCUGAAAAGACAAUGGGAUUUUGGGCUGCAUCCCAAGGAAUAUUGUGUCUAGAUUCAGGGAAGUCAUGGCGACCUUCUUUCUGCUUUGGGGAGACCUCACCUGAAAUUACACUGUGUCCAGUUGUGGGCAUCACAAUAAAAGGGGGAACAUACCCUGAUUCCAUUUCUGAUUCUAUAUAUCAAUUAAGAAAUGGUUCUUACCUGUGACCAACCCGUCGUCUCUACAAAGCUUACCUUUGUGGCAUGGAGGCCUUCGCCCUUUCCCUUUCAAGCAACCAGCAGGAAUGUAAGUUUACUUUAAAUUAUUUCUUGUCAUCAUUUUUCUUGAUAUCUCUCACGUGAGGAGGGAAUCUUUUCUUCUUCCGCCAGGGCCCAAUCGCCUUUGAGGACGUGGCUGUGGAUUUCUCCCUGGAGGAGUGGGUUCUCCUGAAUCCGGACCAGAAAGCCUUGCACAAGCAGAUCAUGGAGGAGAUGAAUGGGAUUGUGGACUCUCUCGUAGAUAACGGGGAGAAGAGCCAUGUAUGCACCAAAUACAGGAAGCAUUUUGGACACAACGGGUGCCUUCAUCGACACCAGCAAGCCCACAGAGAAGAUGGAGGUUCUGCCAGAGAAAGGCCCAACAAAUGCAUUGUAUGUGGGCAAUGUUUUACCCAAAAUGUGGCACUUGUCCUUCACAAGACACUUGAUGUUGGGAAAAGCCAUCUUAAAGGGAAAGUAUCUGCAAAAUGUGUGGUGAAACACAAGGAAUUUCACACAGGUCAGGAACAAUACAGAUGCCAAGAGUGUGGGAAGUGUUUUGCUUCCAGUUCAGCCUUGGUGAGGCUCAAAAGACUCCACACAGGAGAGAAGCCACACCAAUGUCAGGAGUGUGGGAAAUGUUUUGCUGAAAGUUCAGCCUUGUUGAGCCACAAAAGAGUCCACACCAGGGAGAAGCCAUACAAAUGCCAGGAGUGUGGGAAAUGUUUUGCUUUCAGUUCAGCCUUGGUGAGGCACAAAAGACUCCACACAGGAGAGAAGCCAUACCAGUGCCAGGAGUGUGGGAAAUGUUUUGCUUUCAGUUCAGCCUUGGUGAGGCACAAAAGACUCCACACAGGAGAGAAGCCAUACCAGUGCCAGGAGUGUGGGAAAUGUUUUGCUUGCAGUUCAACCUUGGUGAGCCACAAAAGACUCCACACAGGAGAAAAGCCAUACAAAUGCCAGGAGUGUGGGAAAUGUUUUGUUUGCAGUUCAACCUUGGUGGGCCACAAAAGACUCCACACAGGAGAAAAGCCAUACAAAUGCCAGGAGUGUGGGAAAUGUUUUGCUGACAGUUCAAACUUGAUGAGCCACAAAAGAGUCCACACCAGGGAGAAGCCAUACAAAUGUGAGGAGUGUGGGAAAUGUUCUGUUUCCCAUUCAGACUUGGUGAGGCACAAAAGACUCCACACAGGAGAGAAGCCAUACAAAUGCCAGGAGUGUGGGAAAUGUUUUGCUGACAGUUCAAACUUGAUGAGCCACAAAAGACUCCACACAGGAGAGAAGCCAUACCAAUGCCAGGAGUGUGGGAAAUGUUUUGCUUACAGUUCAAACUUGAUGAGCCACAAAAGACUCCACACAGGAGAGAAGCCAUAUAAAUGCCAUGAAUGUGGAAAAUGUUUUACUCAGAGUUCAGCCCUUAACCAGCACCAGAGAACACAUACCGGGUAAAAAACAGCCAUUGUGGGUAAAUGUCUGAUUUCAAACAGGACCCUUUGAGAAGUUCUGCGUCAGAUUUGGUGGAGUCCCGUUCUUGUCAUUUGAACCUGUAAGUUGGAGGUCUGUUCUCUGGAGCAGCAGAAAGCAAGCUCUGUGUGACAAUCCUUCAGAGCAGUGGUUCUCAACCUGUGGGUCCACAGAUGUUUUGGCCUUCAACUCCCCUAAAUCCUAACAGCUGGUAAACUGGCUGGGAUUUCUGGGAGUUGUAGGCCAAAACACCCGGGGACCCACAGGUUGAGGACCACUGCUUCAGUGUCAGUUCCUGGAAGGUGUAGGAGACAAAGAUAGGCUCACACAGCUUGUAGCUAUGGAAAACUUUAUUGAAUCCGCCUUGCCAAAAUGGCCGCAAAGCUUCUACUGCCCGUCUUCCGCUCUUUCCCCUCAGUAUAUUGGGUGGUUGCUUCCCUCCUCCCUUCACGUCUCUUCUUCUCCAUUCACACCUCCCUUUCCUUUUGUCCUUUCCCACGUCUGAAGACCAGACCCUGUCAUAAAUCAGCCUUCCCAGCCAAAUGGUCUUCUUUAUCCGAUUUGUUGUAGUCAGGUGUGAAAAGAACAGCUUGGAGAAUGCUGAUCUUUUUGCAUCCUGACAUUCAGAGAGUUAAAUAUGAUUGUCUUGUCACCUCGUCUGAAAAGAAAUAAACCAUAUGUGAUUCCAUCACUUGUUCCUCUGGUCUUAGUUUCCAGCUCCAUUUCCACCUUGGUUUAAAUGUCCAGUUUGUGAACGUUGUGCCCCUACAGACACAUCCUCUGUUUUCCUCUUUAGUCAGGACUGGUCAGCUUGAAUAUUGUAAAUGGCCGUUAUGGGAGGGAUCCAGAGUUAGCCCCUUCCCUUUCAGACAGUGGCUCUCAACCAGUGGUCCACGGACUACCAGUGGUUCGCAAGAACUAAAAUACGGUCUGCCUUCUAACCUUCCCUUCCUUUGCUUUCUUUUUUCUAGCCCUUCCUUCCCCUUUCUUCCUUCUUUCCUUCUAUCCUUGUCUUCUUGUCCCUUCCUUUGCCUUUUCUCUUGCCCUUCAUUCCUUCCUUUUUCUCUUCCCUCCCUUUUCUCCCCUUUGCCUUUUCUCUUGCCCUUCUUUCCUUUUUUUCUUCCCUUCACUUCCCUUCCUUUUCCUUCUUUUCUCUUGCCCUUCCUUCCUUUUUCUCUUCUCUCCCCUUCCUUUGCCUUCUUUUCUCUUGCCUUCUUUCCUUGCUUUUUCUUGCUCUUCGCUUGCCUUCCCUUCCUUUGCCUAUCAUAUGUUAUGGACUGGAGUAGAGUACAAUAUAUGUCUCAUUUGAUGCCUUAUGAACUUGAAUGCAAACUAUAAUUGUUUUUAUUAAUCUGUUUAUCCUAUUAUAUUAUAUUAUUGAUGUACUCUGAUUGUUGUUUAUGUGAGUUUAAUAUGUCGUAAGCCUCUUUGGGUCCAGUGAGGGAGAAAAGCAGGAUAUAAAUAAAGAUUCAUCAUCAUCAUCAUCA